AUGACGCUGUGGAUCAAGGCCACUGGAGCGUUGAAGGAUAGGUACAGCAUUUGGGUGGCGAGGCUCUUACCCAGUGGUCCAUGCAGGAACCCUGAUCUUGAAAUGGUCAUCAUCAAGGCAACAAGCCACGACGAACAAUGCAUGGAUUACAAGAACGUUCAGAGGGUUUUCAAAUGGCUACGCACCUCACCCUUGUACCUUCAGCCUCUUCUCUACACUCUUUCAAUCAGGAUGGAAAAGACUCGUUCUUGGGUUGUGGCACUCAAGGGCUUGAUGCUCAUUCAUGGGGUCUUCUGUUUUGAUCUUCCCGGGGUGCAGAAGAUGGGAAGGUUGCCGUUUGAUUUGUCGUUGUUCAGCGACGGACACGUAAACCCUAACAGGGCCUGGGUUUACAAUGCCUUUGUUAGGGCUUAUUUCUUGUAUUUGGACCAAAAAUCAGCGUUUGUGAGGAUGGAAGCAAUGAGAGAGACCAAACGUGGAGGAAAGGAGAAGGAAGAGAGCGUGAUGGAAGAGCUGAAGAGCUUGGAGAAGCUGCUUGAUUUGAUCGAUUUGCUUCUGCAAGUGAAGCCCAGGAGCCCCCGCAUGAACGUGGUGCUUGUUCUUGAGGCCAUGGAUUGUGUCAUGGACGAGGUUUUGGAAGUGUAUGAGAAGUUUUCUGCUAGGGUUCAUCGAGUUGUGGAGAGAAUACUCGACAUGGGUGGGGAAGAGGAAGCUAGGGUUGGUCUGGAAGUUGUGAGAAAAGCUGAAUUGCAAGGGAACAAGAUGACUACGUACUUCAACUUCUGUAAGGAGAUUGGUAUCCUUAAUGUUUCGGACUGCCCUGAAAUUGUGAGGGUGGAUGAGAAAGACAUUGAAGAACUGAUAAGAAUCAGAGACGGAAAAGAGAUGGAGAGUGAGGAAAGUGAUGAGGAAAAUGGUGUUGAGGAUAAUAAUUGCAGAGCCAUUGUGAGGUUUGAGGAGACGAAGCAGACGGAUUUGAAGACUGUGAUCACAGAGCAAUGGGAAGUGUUUGAGGAUGAUUUAGCAGUUGAUGUUAUGGAUGGUUCAACUGUCACAGCAAAUAACCCUUUUCUCGACUAUUCUUUCAGCCUCGUACCCUAUGUUCCUGUUUCUAACAAUUGUGUUCUUCCCGAUUUAAUUGUUUUGUAG